GAGUGCAAGAGUUUUGUGUGUGUGUUUUUUUUUUGUUUCUGCGGGGGGGUGGUCAACGUAGUAAAGAUCCAAUCAUUCACCCAUCUAUCAAUGAACACCACAACUAUUGGCUCGUGUGGAUGAAACCGAGCAGAAACUCCUGUGAACACCAUCUACCACUGCAGCCAUAAAAACAAGGAACAACAAAAACUCACAAACGCAUUUGGCAACACUUUGGUAAGGUGACGGAAAUCCCCGCCAAUAACACCAACUGACCCCCACGACCAACAAAACCACCCUUCACAUUAUCCCAUCACUGUGUCUGGCCUGGCUGGCCAACGCCAGAUGCAAACGCCCAUCCACACCGAGUUCGAUGUUGAGUGGAGCACCACAAGUCAAUUGCUUGGCCAUUUGUUACUUUGCUGCUGCAUCCACACUUGCCUGGGUUGUUGUGGCUCAAUUAGUGGCAACACAUAAACCGGAAAUAGAUUAUUGAAAUAACAGCAGCGGCAGCAGCAACAACAACGACUUCAACCAACACGAUAUUCCUAACAAAUGGUGAGAUGAGAUUAUUUGCCUGCGACCGCAUAAAACACAGCAACGUGACACAGCAAAUACGCGCGCAAAUCUCUGGAAGAAGCAGCCAAGUAACCCUCCCCAAUUUACUGGCAAAAACAAACAACAGUGCUAACACUAAACAGCCGUGAACAGUAACAGCACACCAAGAAGUGGCCCAACUUGUAUCCACACACACACAUACACUACAGCUGUGGUGUCUUGUCGCAAGAGGAAACAGCGGCAAAGGAUGAGGAGAUAAUGUGCCAAGGUCGUCAUUGUGGGUAAGAGUGCAAGCCACCAGGCAGGCACUCACUCACAUAUUGAGGCAGAUGCAAGGAGCAGCAACAAAUACCAUCAGCACCAUCAGCAGCAGCACAACAACAAAAGACAACUUCCAAACAUCUACAAUUAGCAGUCAUCCAACAAGGUGGCAAGUUGUAAAACAACUUCGACUAAAUGCAAAGCGCAGGCUCACUUCAGUGAACGUCAUUUGUGGCAUUGGAUCAAAGAUCAUCUUUGACGGUGGAGUCCUCCUGUCCAAAAAGAAAAAAAUGCGAUAUGGAUCGAGAACGAGAAAGAGAAAACAAAUCGCUCGAACCCAGAGAUUUAUCAUCGACUGGAAGGAUUUACGCCCGAAGUGACAUCAAAAUAAGCGCUUCACCUACAGUUUCGCCAACGAUCUCAAAUUCCAGUUCGCCAACACCCACACCGCCAGCCAGUUCAGCAGUAACACCGCUAGGCUUGCCCCCCGGCACAGUGGGUCCGGGUAUAAACAGCGGUUCGGGCAGUACAUCGGGAUCGGCUGCAAGUGCGGCCUCCUACAUGCAUGCCAAUCAUAAACCCAUCACAGGCAUCCCAUGUGUGGCAGCAGCCAGUCGUUAUACAGCUCCGGUUCACAUUGAUGUGGGAGGGACGAUAUACACCAGCUCUUUGGAGACGCUGACCAAGUAUCCGGAUAGCAAAUUGGCGAAACUAUUCAAUGGAUCCAUUCCCAUAGUGCUGGAUUCGUUGAAGCAGCAUUAUUUUAUUGAUCGUGAUGGCGGCAUGUUUAGACACAUUUUGAAUUUCAUGAGAAACUCAAGACUACUUAUAUCAGAAGAUUUCCCCCAUUUGGAAUUGUUGCUGGAGGAGGCGCGAUAUUUUGAAGUAGAACCCAUGAUCAAACAGCUGGAGAGCAUGCGCAAAGAUCGUGUACGUAAUGGCAAUUAUUUGGUGGCACCUCCUACGCCGCCUGCUCGCAUCAAAAGUAGUCCUCGCAUUGGCAUCAACAGCGAAUACAAUUACGAAGUGGUUGCUCUGCACAUCUCCCCUGAUUUGGGGGAACGCAUUUUGCUCUCCGCCGAACGUUCCCUGCUUGACGAGGUUUUUCCCGAGGCCAAUCAAGCCACCCAGACCAGCCGCAGUGGAGUGUCCUGGAACCAGGGUGAUUGGCGCCAGAUUAUUCGCUUCCCGCUCAAUGGUUAUUGCAAACUCAAUUCGGUGCAGGUCUUGACGAAGCUCUUGAACGCUGGCUUCACCAUCGAGGCCAGCACCGGCGGCGGAGUCGAGGGUCAACAGUUCUCGGAGUAUUUACUUGUAAGACGUAUACCAAUGUGAUAAACUCGAGCAAGGAGUUCGGUGUAAUAUGCCCCAGCCGCCUAAACGGCGCGGCCCUCUUUAAAUGGCAAUUUAAAGGAUUACACUUAAUCUUAGAUAUUUUUUAGACAACAAAUUAACUUGGAUAAAUUACGAUUAAUUCAUUACAAUAUAGACAUUAAGAGACCCCCUCCUCCUCAAUGUAACAGCUCCCCUCCCUUGCCCUAAGAAGAUGCCGCAAGCAGCAUAUCCACGUUUGAUGACCACCACUAUGCAAUUAAUGAUCGUGGUGGCUACUUUUAAGAUAUUCCAAACCCAUUUUUCUUCUUUGCCAAGCGCCCACUCACAUAGUUAAGUCCAAAUCAAGAACUGAUUUCUUAGUUAAAUGUUGCAUAUAAAUGUAGUUUCUUUCGAUUUGUACAAAUAAACAAAUGUAUUUAUUUAGUUUUAAGUUCGUCACACCCAAGCCCACACCCACACACCCAUACACACUCAAUCUCAUGCACACUUGCUCAUGUGCACAGCCUAAUCUAAGUCGCACUUUCCCCAUCGUAACCUUUCUUUUAUCCCUUUACACCGCCCACACACUUAAAUAUCCAUAUCCAUAGUCAUCAUCAAAUGGCAUAGCAGUCCAUGGUGUAACCCCCAAAAUCCCAUAAUCCAGACAGUAAAUGAAAAUCAGUGUAAUUUUUCUAAGUGUAGUUUCAUUCUUACGAAAAAUAAUAAUAAAAACAAAAACAAAUAAAUCAUAAAAUAAAGCAAAGAAAACAAAUGAAAUUAAAAAUCGGUUUAAUAUAGGAGCCGAUGGCAUUUGAAACAACAAUAA